AUGGCCAAAUCCGCUCCGCAGAACCCGGACUUCUUCCUGAUAUCCUCCGAAGACACCAUCUACGAACAGGAUAUCCUUCGUAACCCUGGCAGCGUGAGACCAUGGCUUACGUACAUCGAUCACAAGUUGCGCAAUGGCACCAUACACGAACAAGCCUUUGUGCAAGAACGAGCAUGCAUAUCAUUACCUCGGUCAUACAAGUUAUGGAAGAUGUACCUCGACUUCCGGAUCAAGCAUCUACGGAGGAAGAACCCAAUCAAGCAGAAGCCGGAGUUCAACAAGGUCAAUGCUCUGUUCGAACGGGCUAUUAUCCUCCUCAAUAAGAUGCCGGUGAUCUGGGAGAUGUAUCUUUCAUUCUUGCUUCGUCAACCUCUUGUGACCAAGACAAGGAGGACCUUCGAUCGGGCUCUGCGAGCUUUGCCUAUCACACAGCACAACCGAAUCUGGCGGCUCUACAAGACGUUUGCCAAUUCUGCUGGAGGAGACACUGCUGUCAAGAUAUGGACGAGGUAUAUGCAGAUACACCCGGAAGAUAUGGAGGAUUUUAUUGAACUACUUAUCGAAACAGGCAACUACACGGAAGCAGUCAAAAGAUACAUACAGAUCCUCAAUAAUCCAAAGUUUCAGUCCAAGAGCGCCAAAAGUCAGUUUCAGCUGUGGAGCGAGAUGGUGGAGCUGAUGGUCAGCAAAGCCCGGGAGAUCGGAGACAAUACUGCUUCUGGUCUUGAUGUUGAUGCGAUCAUUCGGAGCGGCAUUGAACGAUUUGCAGACCAAAGGGGCAAGCUGUGGACAGGUCUAGCAACGUAUUGGAUCACUCGUGGUGAUUUUGAACGUGCUCGAGACGUCUUUGAGGAAGGUAUUACAACUGUGAUGACCGUCCGAGACUUUACCUUGAUCUUUGAUUCGUAUGUGGAAUUCGAAGAGUCAAUCAUCUCCAAUCUAAUGGAGUCCGCUUCGGCUCGAGCUGCAAAGGGAGUGACAAAUGAAGACGCAGAUUUCGACCUCGAUAUGCGAAUGAUGCGUUUUGAGCACCUUAUGGAUAGGCGGCCGUUCCUAGUCAAUGAUGUUCUACUUCGUCAAAAUCCGAACAAUGUCAUCGAGUGGGAGAAGCGAGUUGCGCUAUGGAACGAUAAUAAAGUCGAGGUCGUCCAGACCUAUACGGAUGCCAUUGCAGCGAUCCAGCCAAAGAAGGCGGUUGGCAAAUUCCAUGAAUUAUGGCUCAAUUAUGCCAAACUGUAUGAGGAUGGCGGGGAUCUGGCAACUGCUCGGGUCAUUUUGGACAAAGCCGUGAAAGUGCCGUACAAGUCGGUAGCAGAACUUGCCGAGACUUGGAUAGGAUGGGCGGAAAUGGAGCUUCGCAACGAGAAUUUUGAUCGGGCGAUAGAGAUCAUGGCAACAGCGACAAGAGCGCCGAAACGGAGUACGGUCGACUAUUUCGAUGAGACAUUGUCACCACAACAGCGCGUUCACAAAGCUUGGAAACUUUGGUCCUUCUACGUCGACCUGGUCGAGUCUGUUGCAUCGCUGGACGAGACAAGAGCCAUCUACGAUCGAAUAUUCGAACUUCGGAUAGCAACUCCUCAGACAGUUGUCAACUAUGCAAAUCUGCUAGAAGAGCACAACUACUACGAGGACAGUUUCAAGAUCUAUGAGCGAGGGCUGGACCUCUUCUCCUACCCGGUCGCGUUCGAACUCUGGAACCUUUAUUUAACCAAGGCAGUAGAUCGCAGGAUCAGCAUGGAAAGACUACGCGAUCUCUUCGAGCAAGCGGUCGAAAGCGUCCCACCACAAUUCGCUAAAGCCAUCUACCUGAUGUACGGCAAUCUGGAGGAAGAGCGCGGUCUCGCCCGACACGCCAUGCGCAUCUACGAGAGAGCUACCCGAGCCGUGUCAGACGAAGAUCGCUCCUCCAUGUUCAGCUUCUACAUCACCAAGUCCGCGUCCAACUUUGGUUUGACGUCCACCCGGCCCAUCUACGAAAGAGCAAUUGCCGCACUUCCGGACAAAGAGGCCAAAGACAUGUGUUUGAAGUUUGCGGAGAUGGAGCGUCGUCUGGGUGAGAUUGACCGUGCGAGAGCAAUUUACGGACACGCAAGCCAGUUUGCAGAUCCAAGGACGCAGAAGGACUUUUGGGAUCAGUGGGAGAAGUUUGAGGUUGGGCAUGGGAAUGAAGAUACCUUUAAGGAGAUGCUGAGGGUGAGAAGGAGCGUGGCGAGUCAGUACAACACCGAUGUCAACUACAUUGCCUCCCAGGCCAUCGCUCGAGCAAACGCUAGCAAAGCGAAUCAGGCAAAUGGCGCAGGCGACGCCUAUGCCGAUCACAAUGCCGACGACAACGCCGACGACGGAAGAGAUGCCAUGGCGGCUUUGGAAAGACAGGCAAGAGCACCAGUUGGAUUUGUUGCCGCCAGCACAGCUCCGCAGAAUGGCAACCAGCCUGUUCAACCUCCUCAACCUGCAGCAUCGGUGGCUAACCCCGAUGCGAUUGAGGUUGAUGUCGAUGAUGACGAUGAUCCGUGA